UAUUUCCUUUUAUUACCAUCAUCACUUCGUCCUCUUCUACUAUGUUCGACGAACAUGACGGCGAAAGCGAUGCUAGUGGCUCCUAUGACUCGGACGUGAGCAGCUCUGGUGACGAGAGCAAUGGAAUCGAACAAACCGUUCUCAGUCCAGAGGAAGCCUUUGCCGAAAGAGAGAUCGAAGGCGACUUUGACCGUCUAGUGAAGAAUAUUCAACGGAGCGAUGCUCCUGGUCUAACCAAAGACUGGGAUUUCAAUAUCGAAGACCGCGAUGCUGAAUUUCGCGAUGAUUUGAGAGCAGCUUCAGGCAUUGGUCGCAGACAUAAAAAGAAAGGACGCGCUGCAGGCCCUGCUUUAUCUCAACAAGUUAGAUCUCUCAUUGGGGACGGUAAUCAGGCCUAUGUUGACAACAACCUUCCUGAGGCUAUACGUAUCAUGCAAGAAGUCAUUCGUAUCGAACCGCGUGCAGUCUCUGCCUGGUCCGUGUGGGCCCAGUGCUGUGCCGACAUGAAUCAAGAACAUAGAGCUCUUCAGCUUCGCAUCAUGGCUGCUCAUCUCAGACACGACGCUGAAGAAUGGGAUCGAUUGGCCCGGCAGUCCAAAGACCUUGGUUACAACCAGCAAGCAUUGUACUGUUUUCGAAAGGUGUACAGUCUUGACCCAUCAAACAUUGAGGCGCUAUGGGACCGCGCCACGCUUGCUAAGGACACUGGAGAUUUGAGAACUGCCCGUAUUGCAUACAAAGCUAUUCUCAAGCGGUUUCCCCACGAUCUGACAGUCCUGUCAGAGCUCAGGACCAUCCUUAUCGAACUCUCCGAUCUUACAACAUGCGCAUCUCUCUUUCAACAAGCAUUUGAUCAUUACCAGCAGUUAUAUCCCUCAGGUCGCGGGCCUUCGCCUUCAUCGACUGGCGAAAUACCUGGUGGUGGAUAUGGCUUGAUGGAGGUGCUCGUACUCGCUGAUCUAUACAACACCCUUGGAGAAUACGAGAGCGCUAUUGAUGUUAUCCGGAAAGGAUGUCGGUGGCUUCAAGGACGUGCUGAUCAGAGAUAUUGGGAUGUCUGUGACGACGAUAGGGAGUAUGAUCUACCAGACGUCGAUAUCCCACGACGAGCAGGUGGUACCAUAGAUCCAGGAAGGUAUCCUCUCGACGUGAAUGCCAGACACCGUCUUGCUAUUGCCAGAAUCAAGAUGGGCGAGGUAGAAGAAAGCAAGAUGCACGCCGAUAUCAUUCUGAGCGAAGACGUCCUUGAUUACGCUGCCUUGUUUGUAGAGAUUGCUGACGCCUAUUUCGAACGAGAGUUAUAUGCUGAUGCUCGCCCUAUCUAUGAACUUUUGGGCGCAGACGCUAGUACAAGCAGUUUAUAUAUCCUGCUUCAAACAGCCGCUUGCCUUCGAAUGCUGGACGAGUUGCGUGAAGCGGCUGAAGUAUACGAACAUAUCAAGCUUGCUGAUCCCACACACAACGAAGCCAAAAUGAAGCUCGCUGAGAUCUACGAAAUCUUGAAUGAACCGAGGAAAGCACUUGAAUUGGUCUACGAAGUUAUUGAUUCGCGGAAAAAGAGACCGAAGGACAAGACUGCAACACAAGCCGAGGACACAGCAACCGCCUCUUUGUUCCCUGAAGAAAGGACGCAGCCAAGAACCAAACCUCCCACUGUCAAGGCACAAAACCGAUUGACUCAUGCACAAUUGCGAGAAUUGGAGGUCGAAAAGGAGAAAGAAAUUGUCAGGGGAUACCGAAGAUUGCAAGAGGUAUGGGCGAAGAUGAUGGAAGGUGACGAAGUUGCGGAACGGGAAUGGGUGGUUGAAGCGGAAAAAAUGGUCGAGACAUUUAGGGAGACACGGAAUUUGUUCAUGACUAGUAGGAACAACCCCUUCCGAGGAAUGUUCCCACGACGCCCCAAGAAACAGAGAGACCACGAAGAAGACGAAGACCGUAUGGUUUCGCGUCUUCACCUUGAUCUAGAGAACGAUAGCAUGGCCAAGAAGGCGUCAAGGAGCGACAAGAAGGACGAAAAAGUAGACAUAUUUCGAGGCGUCUCCUUUGAUGAUUGGUUGCGUGUGUUCAUGCAGUAUUGCUUCAUACUAACGAAGCGCGGACAGUAUGAUCUAGCCGACGAAGUCCUUCGCCACAUUCUCCUAUCAAAUGCAUAUCAGUCCAAAGAGCUGCAAUCCACUAUUCGGCUUGCUUUACUCGCAUGCGCUAUCGCGUCGAAAAAUUAUGUCGUCGUUGUCGAACUCUGUCGCAAGUUGAUCAACGUCUAUCAAUUCAAUAACGAGCCCUUGCGUCUACUUCUUGCCACGUUGUCGAGCGGUCUGCGCCCAACCGAUGCUUUCAUCACAUCCACUUUACAGAAGCAUCUCUUCCGGGAGAUGAAGUUGGGAGACGCGGCUGUGAAAAAUCCGGAAAGUCUACGAUGGAAUCAAACCAAUAAACGUUAUGCCACUAUAAACCAGGCCAAGGCAGAUGAUGAUGACGUUGAGGAUGAAGGCGGUGGUAAUGCUGAGACCGACAAUGGGAAGGGGCCAGUACCUGAGCUGCCCACAAAACAAAACCCCGUCAUCGUGGCCAUUUAUGGUCAGAUAUGCAUUGCAGCCAAAAGCUAUCAGAGUGCGAUCUUUUAUCUCUUACAUGCGUAUGACUAUUGCCCCGACGACCCUAUGAUUUGCUUGUCUCUAGCAAUCGCAUCUCUGGGUCGUGCCAUGCAACGACAGUCAGAUAAUAGGCACCAUUUGAUUGCACAGGCCUUAGCCUUCCUAUCACGGUAUAGGAUCAUUCGAGGAACCAACCUCCAAGGACAGAGCGAGGUCGAAUAUAACUUUGGCCGUAGUUUCCAUCAGCUUAGCCUGUAUAGCUAUGCUGCAAAACAUUACGAACGAGUACUCCAGCUCGCAGAGCAGCGACCAUCAGACUCGACCGAAGCUGCAUAUAAUCUUGCAUUGAUCUAUGUUAUGACUGGCGCGACUCCACUUGCGGCUGCGUUAUAUGACAGAUGGCUAUCGCUUUGA